AUGGCAGAGAUUCGCUUGACAACUACUGUCCAACCCGCAAGUCAUGAUCGCGAAUCAACUGAUGGUUUGCGUAUUGACUUAACUCCAUGGGAUCUCCAGCUUCUUUUAGUUGGUCCCAUCCAAAAGGGACUUCUCUUCCUCAAACCAUCACCUUCACACAGACACAGUAGUACUAUCAUCGAUCACCUCAAAGCCUCCUUCUCUCGAACCCUAGACUUCUUCCCUCCUCUCGCCGGCCGUCUCGCCACCCUCAAAAACCCCGAUAACACCACCUCCUUCUCCAUUCACUGCAACAAUGCCGGGGCACAGUUCAUUUAUGCUGUGGCUCCAAAUGCUACCGUGGCCGACAUCCUUGAGCCAGUGUACGUGCCUCGCUUUGUGCACUCCUUUUUCCCAUUAAAUGGAGUUCAAAACCGCGAAGGCGUCUCCAAGCCCUUGCUUGGGGUGCAAGUCACUGAGCUGGGCGAUGGAUUCUUUAUUGGUUGCUCCAUCAAUCACGCAGUCGCUGAUGGCUCAUCUUUUUGGAAUUUCUUCAAUUCAUGGUCGGAAAUUUCCCGCGGUUUUGACAAGAUUUCACGGCCUCCUGUUUUGGAGCGUUGGUUUCCUAAUGAUGUUGAUUGUCCCAUUGGUAUUCCCUUGUGUGACAAACAACUCAAUGGUGGGUUCAUUAGUUUCCCCCCACAAUUUCAAGAAAGGGUAUUUCAUUUUACCAAAGAAAAAGUUGCGGGACUCAAAGCAAAAGCAAAUGCUGAAAUGAACACUAGUCGUGUAUCCUCUCUUCAGGCGCUUAUGGCUCAUCUAUGGCUAUCCAUAAUACGCUGCAGAAGAAGUACUAGUCGUACUGUGGAUGCUGACGAAGAGACGACGUUUAGGUUGGCGAUUGGUGUGAGGCCGAGGUUGCAGCCACCAUUGCCACAAGAGUAUUUUGGAAACGCCAUAUACUUUGAAGCCGUGACCACAAAAGCUGGUGAGCUGCUCAAGCACGGACAAGGUUGGGCUGCUUCGGAGAUGAACAAGGUAAUUGCCUCUCAAAAAGAUGAUGGAAUAAGGAACUACUUCAAGUGUUGGGUGAAAAACCCUAGGAUAUUGACAAUGACUUCGAUGACCAGCAAUGUUGUGCUCCCGAGCAGUUCACCUCGGUUCAAUGUGUAUGGUAAUGACUUUGGCUGGGGAAGACCGGUGGCGGUGCGAAGUGGCGAGGCUAACAAGUCUGGUGGGAAGGUAACAUUUUUUCAGGGGGCGGAAGAAGGGAGCAUUGAUAUUGAAGUUUGCUUGUUGUCCGAGACAUUGAUUUUCAUGGACGAUGAUGCAGAGUGUUUGUCACCAUGUGAAGCCCACGUGAUGAAAUUGAAACCUCUAUUUAUUUUUACUAUUUACAUUUGGAACAAUUUGAAGAUUUUGAACUAGCCUUUUUUUUUUGUCCUCUGUAAUGUUGUGAACUUCAUGUUCCAAUAAUCAGAAAUAAAAUAUGUUCAAGAUUUUAGAGAU